AUGUCUAUACCGUCUACUCCCUCACACUCACCUUUUGUCAGUCGUGUACUCCGCCACCACCAGAUUUUACAUAUGCAGGCACAGCUCAUCCUCAUUACCCCUGGCCCUUCCGAGCCGACUGUGACUGACGUGCUGUUCUUACUACAGUCUUUCACGCGCGACGACUCUCCAACUCCUGGACCUGUCUACGGUCCAGAAGAUCCCUUCAACCCAUACACCGAACUUGGCCGUGCCUUCAUUGAGCGCCGCGACUCCGGAGAUUUCCCCACGAUGGUCGAUCAGUGGAUUCAAGCGAACAUGUGUGCUUGGAACCAAGACGACCCGCGCAUGCUUUCGACUGAGAUGAUGCCUGACAAAAUCAAGUGCAUGAUCGAGGUUGUUCAUUUUCCGGAAAUGGUCCAGACUUUCGAUGACAAUCAACCUGAUGUGCCCAACCUCUCCGAGGAUGAACACUUUGCUCUGGUCAUCAAAGCCGAAUUCCUCUACGGCUGGGUCGAGCAUCCCUACCUCAUCAGCCCUCCCGCAAUCCUGGACACGAUAUAUAGCGACUGGCUUGGAGGUUUCGGCCCAGACUGGGGGAAUAUGCUUGAAGUCGGCGAGACACUGACUUUCAUGCAACCCCGCAGCCUGGUCGUCGAUCUCUUCGCAUACCUCGCAAUCCGUCGUGAGAAUAUUGAUAAAGGCUACUCCGAAGCUAUCAUGGACUGGGUUGAGAACGUUUCGGUUGCACAAUGGUGCCGUCGUCGUCUGCAGGAGAAACUCAGGGACCGUGCAUCACGUCCUGCUCCGAUCGACUUGAACGAUCUGCUUGGCCUGUAG